AGCCGUGUUACUGCUAAAUUGUUUAUUGCAAAAAUUCCGCAAAGGAGAGAUAUUAGGAAUAAUAGACAAUAUAACAAGUGGGCAAAAUGUGUUAGAUGUUAAGCUGCGCGCCCGAAUACCAGUCGUGAAAAGCAGCGGCUCUGAUUGGACUCCCAUUCCCACGCUUCGUAUCUCUCACUUUCAGUUGCUGACUAAUACUGGGUGGAAGGUAAUCAGUUGGAAUCGCCACAAGAAACGAUGCUGCCGCCUAAGGAAAACGUCGACCUGGAGUGCUUCCUGGUGACCAAGCACUCCUGGAAGGGCAGGUACAAGCGCAUCCUCUCUAUCGGCACGGCCGGCAUAUCCACCUACAAUCCGGACAAGCUCGACCUUACUAACAGGUGGUCCUACUCGGACAUCGUGGCGGCAGCACCCUCAAAGACUUCAAAUAUACCCCAUGACUUUGUGGUGACCAUCAAAAAGGAUAAGAAACUAGACACAAUCAAGUUAUCGUCGGAAUAUAGGAACGAUAUCCUAAGCUCUAUACUAAAAUACUACAAGGAGUUUGCAGACAAGCCCAAAAAUGCUCAGCGCUUCAGUGCUUACAAGUAUCACUGGUCGGGCAUCAGUCUUCCGACCGUACUGGAGGUCACGCCCUGCUCUCUGGACCAGCUAGAUCCCACCACCAACGACGUGCUGGCCAGCUACAUGUACAAGGACAUCGAGGGUAUAAUAGCAGGCAUCUCGGACUAUGAGGGAGGAAUCGUGAUGGCUUACGGCGGAUUUAGUCGCCUCCAUCUGUUUAAGGCGCUCAAUCACCACGAAAUCGUGCAGAACAUAGCACAAAGAUCUGCUCAGUUUCUGGGCAUCGAAACCAAAAUACUCAAGAGUCAGAUCACAUUGGAGCAGUUCGAAAGGCAGCGGUUCGGCAAGUUUAGCGGCGACCAGUUUCAAACCUCUUCGACCGAAUUCUCGGUCCAUAAGAUAACGCCCCGCCAUCCGGAUCCUGUAAAGCGUAUUCUCUGCCUCACCGAAGUAACGCUACUGGAGCGGGAUCCUCAAACUUAUAGUGUCUGCACCCUGCGUCCGCUCACUGAUGUGUUUGCUCUAGUAAGAGACAAGGACAAUCUUCAGCGCUUUAGCAUCGAGUACAAGAAUGGAAUCGUGCGAAACUACAGCACCAACGACCGGGACUCGUUGUUGGCUACUGUGCUGGAUGCUGUCCGCUCCAGUGGCAACCAGGAUGUGCACGUUCGUAUUGGUAACACGCCGCGUGGGAAACGGUAUGUGCCAUUGAACUGUUCGGUAGACGAGGAGACAGAGGCGAAUUUGAUGCGCCUGGUAAUCAACAAUUUUCAAAACCCCUCUAAGCGGUAUGAAAUCUUGGAGCGCUUUAAUGCCAAUGUGCCUCACAGUGGCCUCAACUAUAGUGUAACUCAGGAUAGCUUGUUUGCUGAAAACAAAGAUAAACUUAUCCUAAGUGCCCUGCAAGCGUUGGCCCAAAAGGAGCUGGACAGCCCUACGGCUCAGCUGAGCAACUUGGAGUUGGAGGCUAUAUUUCACGCACUUACUCGUCUCCUGGCCAGCAAAGUUGGAUACGCAGCCUUUACUAAUCUCCCAGGCUUUCGUGAGAUUAUUGGUACAAAGGUUGUGGCUGCUUUAAGGCGCAAGGAUUUGGCUGUGACAUACUCCGCCAUUGACAUGAUCAACUCGCUAAUGCAUUCUGUAAAUUCUGACCACGAUUUAAAACAGGAGCAACUAAAUAAGUCAUCCAUUCUGUCAUCAAAAUCGUUUCUGGAAACUUUGCUCAACAUGUGGACAACUCAUGUGAGCCACGGCAGUGGUGCUCUGGUACUGUCAGCCAUGCUAGACUUCAUGACCUUUGCCUUGUGUGUGCCUUACAGCGAGACCACCGACGGCAAGCAGUUCGAUAUUCUGCUGGAGUUGGUUGCCGAUCGUGGACGCUAUUUGUACAAACUGUUCCAGCAUCCCUCGCUGGCGAUCGUGAAGGGAGCUGGAUUGGUGCUGCGGGCUAUUAUUGAAGAGGGCGAGCUGCAAGUGGCCCAGCAAAUGCAGGCAUUAGCUCUGGAUGAGGCGGCGCUGUGCCGGCACUUACUGGUGGCACUGUAUACGCCCUCCAAUGAUCCCACUCAGACCACGCAACGUCAGUUAUCUCGGCAUUUAAUCGGGCUGUGGCUAACAGACAGCGAGGAGGCAAUGGAACUCUUUAAACGCAUAUUCCCCGCUGGCCUGUUAACCUUUUUGGAGUCUGAAGAGACUGUCCCAGAGUCGGAUGUCGAGGAGGACAAACUAAAUUUUCGUGACAAUCUCAAAUUUGCAAUACAACAUUCCAACAAAACUCGCAAGAAUGUGAUAGAAAAGCAUUUACAAGGCAUUAAGCAUUGGGGCAUGAACCUAAUUGAAAAACAGGAUGGAGCGGCUCAGGCGCUUAAGAAUCGUCCUGUUGUGCUGAGAAAUCGACGCCAGAAAAAAAAGACAUCUGAUGUUGUAGUGAAUCUGCCUUUCUUCUUUUACACCUUUGCCAAAGACCACAGUCUCCCCAAUUUAAUAUGGAAUCACAAGACCCGCGAGGAAUUGCGUAUGUGCCUGGAGAAUGAGCUGCGGCAGUUUCUUAAUGAUCGCGACUUGGCCGGUCAAAUGAUUGUUGCAUGGAAUUAUCAGGAAUUCGAGGUAGCCUAUCAAUGUCUAGCUGAUGAAAUCAAAAUUGGUGACUACUACAUUCGCUUGAUACUGGAGAAGGAUGACUGGCCGCAGAAUCUAGUAAAGGAUCCGAUUGAACUUUUUAAUGCCUUGUAUCGACGCGUGUUGUGCCGCCAACGCGUAAAUGAUGACCAAAUGACGGUGUUUUCCCUUCAGGCUUUGGCUAAGGUUUACCGGCGUUACCACGCCGAGAUUGGCAAGUUCAACGAUAUGUCUUACAUUCUGCAGCUUAGUGAUAGGUGCCUUUCUCCGUCAAUGCGCGAUGCACUAAUCAACCUGAUUUCUUGCCUGGUGCUAGAGAAAUCUAACAGUCGAGCCCUUAUUGAUCAUGUUCAAUGCCUAGUAGAUCUCAUCACCUUAGCCCAUCUACACAAGGGACGUGCGCAGCUCAAUACCAAAACAAAUGUUAUUGAAGCGGGUCCCAAUAUGGGAACAUACGAAGAAAAGGAUUGGUACUACAACAUUGAGAAGGAUGGUCAAAAGCCGGAGCGUCAGGGACCUAUUACAUACUCGGAGCUCAAGGAACUGUGGCAGAAGGGAUUAAUCACACCGAAGACCCGUUGCUGGGCUAUUGGCAUGGAUGGCUGGCGAUCGCUUCAGCAGAUCCCUCAGCUAAAAUGGUGUCUUAUUGCUAAAGGCACACCGCUUUACGACGAGACUGAAUUAUCCUCAAAGAUCCUAGACAUACUGAUAAAGUGCACUAGUUUCUUUCCGAGUCGCACCCAAAAUGGCGUGGCUGUUCUUAUUCCAGGUCCAAAGUUGUCUCGCAAACUUUCCGAGUUCAUCUGCCUACCGCAUGUGGUACAAGUUUGCCUAACCCAUGAUCCCGGAUUGCUCGAGCGCGUAGCUACGCUGCUCUACCAGAUUAUGGAAGACAAUCCGGAAAUGCCUAAGGUGUACCUUACGGGAGUCUUCUACUUCAUGCUCAUGUACACAGGCAGCAACAUUUUACCUAUUACUCGAUUCCUCAAGAUGACGCAUAUGAAACAGGGAUUCCGUAGCGAAGAGACCUCCCAAUCUGGCAUCAUGCACCGCAGCAUCCUUGGUCAACUUCUCCCCGAGGCCAUGGUUUGUUUCCUGGAAAAUUACAGCGCAGAAAAGUUUGCAGAAAUUUUCCUAGGCGAGUUCGACACCCCUGAGGUAAUAUGGAGCUCAGAGAUGCGACGUUUACUAAUAGAGAAGAUAGCUGCACACAUCGCAGACUUUACGCCUCGACUUCGGGGACAUACAAUGGCUAGGUAUCCGUACUUGGCAAUUCCAGUGAUCAGCUAUCCGCAACUGGAGAACGAGCUCUUCUGUCACAUAUAUUACCUGCGCCACUUGUGCGACACCCAAAAGUUCCCCAACUGGCCCAUAUCUGAUCCCGUGCAGCUUUUAAAGCACACACUGGACGCUUGGCGCAAGGAGGUAGAGAAGAAACCUCCUCAGAUGACAAUCCAACAGGCUUACCAGGACUUAGGCAUCGACCUUACUAAGACUCCUAAGCCAGAUGAGUCGAUGAUUCGCAAGAGCUAUUAUAAGCUGGCGCAAAUGUAUCAUCCCGAUAAAAAUCCGAAUGGUCGCGAAAUAUUUGAAAAAGUGAAUCAGGCGUAUGAGUUUCUAUGCUCCCGAAACGUCUGGAGCUCGGGUGGGCCAGACCCCAAUAAUAUUGUGCUUAUACUUCGCACACAGAGCAUACUUUUUGAGCGGUAUCCGGAUGUUUUGCGACCCUACAAAUACGCAGGUUACCCGCAGCUCAUUAAGACCAUCCGUUUGGAGACACGAGAUGAUGAGCUCUUUUCAAAGGAAGCCCAACUACUAACAGCUGCCUCUGAGUUGUGUUAUCAUACGGUUCACUGCUCUGCCUUGAACGCUGAAGAACUGAGGCGGGAGGAAGGCAUUGAGGCUCUUUUGGAGGCCUACACCCGUUGCGUGUCUAUUUUGGGAGUGGACUCUAAGCCGGACUCGCUGCACUACCAAGUCAUAUCGAACGUAACUCGCUGCUUCGAAGUAGCCUGCAACUUUGAGAAGUGCAAGCAGAAGAUCAUCCAGCUCCCUCAGUUGCUGUCUGACGUUUGUCGUGUGGUCUAUUUUAAACAUACGCUAUCGGUAAGCCUGGUGACCAGUCUUGCUGCCAAUAACUACGACCUGCAAUGCCAACUGUCGCGAAACGGCGUACUCUGGUCUCUACUGCUUUUCGUCUUCGAGUAUGACUACACGCUUGACGAAAGCGGGGUGGAAGUGAGCGAUAAGUCAAACCAGCAGCAACUGGCCAACAACCUUGCAAAGAUGGCAGUCCUCGGUUGUAUCUCCUUAGCUGGCUACAGCAUGGAGCUGCGUCAGAAACCGGUGACUGGAAGCGAGACAAGCUCACCAGCAGCUAAGGCGCCACCAGCCAUAAAACCAAAGCCAUCGGUGUCGGCAGCCUCAAGCUCAACUUACACCCAGAACGCUCACAAUCCUCUGCAAAGCAAACAGCUGGCAAUUACGAGCGGAAAGGAAAAGGAGUCAGACACCUCAUCUGGUAGCAGCGACACCGCUAGUUCCACACCCACCGAAAGUGAGCAACAGCAACAGCUUACGAAGACCAGAUCCAGUGCCAUCCAGCAAAAGUACAUUGUUACGGGGGAGGCUAAAAACUCCCUAAUCAAGCAGGUUCUCGAUCGUCUGCUCACGCGUUACAUUUCCAACCAGUUGGCCACGGUUCGCGACAGUGAUGUGCUUAAGUUGCUUACGGCAAACACCCGUAACCCCUACCUCAUCUGGGACAAUGGAACUCGCGCUCAGCUUAAGGAUUUCCUCGAGCAGCAGCGAACGGCCUCCGCUAGGGAGACGCAUGAGGACAUUGCCCAGGUCUCUGAGCUGGUUUCCAGCUUUGAGUUCGAUGCACACAAGGACGAGCUGCAGAUCGGUGGCAUAUUUAUACGCAUAUACAAUGAUAUGCCAACUCAUCCUAUUGCUCAGCCAAAGCUCUUCAUCAUGGACCUGCUGGAGUACCUAAAGCACGCUUAUCAGUUUCUGCAGUACAAAAAGAACCCGACAUUAACUGCCGCUCCAGUCAGCGCUACUCCCAAAAUGGGAAAUGAUGGCAUACUGACCCCCACUUUGGCGCCUAAUCAUCCUCAGCUUCAGCAGGCCUCGACGGGAAAAUCGGGCACUACGUUCGACGAUGUUCUGACUGCUUAUAACCGAUCAAAGAGCCGGAAGAAGCUGGAGACAGAUGCCCUGACAGAACAGCAGUUGGCGUUACAGCAGAGCAAAUACGACUUUAGCAGCGAUGGAAAGAUUGAGCUUCACAUUACCAUGGUGCUUAAAGCAUUGAUUGCGGUGAUCAAGGCAAACGCCGAGGUGGAAAUUCAGUGCAUCGGAAACUUUGAUAUGAUAUUUGGCUUCUUGGCCAGCAACAUAUUCCCCGAUAACUCUACUGUUAAAUCGGUGGCCUUGGAGGUAGUAUCUUUGGUUUCACGCAACAAGGAGUGCGUCUCGGAGGUGGCAGCCUGUGAGAUCCUUGGCAACUAUCUGGUGGCCCUCAAAGACCCAGAGCUUCGUGCCAGCCAAGUCAAGGUGUUGGAAACUUUGUCAGGGCUGAUGAACGUGCAAGAGAUGAUUAAGGAGGCCCAGGCCAAAGGUGCCACUAUCUACCUGCUUGAUUUGUUUUGCAACUCUCGUAAUCCGCAAAUUCGUGAGAUGUGCGCUGGUGUCUUGGCCAAGAUGACAGCGGAUCGUCUAAGCGGGCCCAAAGUGCGGAUCACUGUGUCAAAGUUCUUGCCAGCGCUUUUCAUAGAUGCUAUGGUGGAGUCGCCAGCUACGUCCGUGCAGCUCUUUGAGUCCAUACACGAGCAUCCGGAACUGAUUUGGAACGAUACCACGCGAUCGAAUGUCUGUGAUGCUGUGGCCGAUACGUGUCAAAGAUUCUAUCAGCUGCAAAAAGCGAAUCCCCGGCAUGUGUGGAAAGAUCCGGAAAUACUUAAGGAUAUUGUAUCCAAUGAAAUCGUUGUGGCCGGCGUCUACCUCCGACUGUUUGUCAGCAAUCCCGCUUGGACACUUCGCAAGCCAAAGCAAUUCCUUUCCGACCUUUUGGACUUUGUCGUCGAACAGAUCGGUAAAAGCUCCUCAGAGCAGGAGGUGCUAGACCUGUCCACCACUGCGUUAGUGGAGCUCUUACGGUCGCAGCCCAACCUUGCAGACGAUAUUCCUGUGCUUGGGCAUAUACCAAAGCUGUUCAAUCUGCUCUCAGUGCAGCCAAAAAACACGCUAUCAGUAUUACAUCAGCUCUCGUUGUCUGAGUUCUGCGUGAGUGCCAUCUCACAGACGGAAUGUGUGUCGCCAUUAAAAAAGUGCAUGGAGCACAAUAGGGAUUGCAUCGAAAAGGCCUGCGAGGCUCUAAGCCGGCUCUUUAAGCAUCAGCAUGAUUCGUUAAUCAGUCAAUCUCUGGAGGUGGGACUUAUACCGUUUCUACUGGGACUACUGGACAGUCGUCUGGAGUUCGUGGACAAUCCAUCGGCGGUUAAGGCACAAAUUGUGGCGGCUCUUAAAGGCAUGACGCACAAUCUCAAUUACGGCGAUCGGGUCACGCAAAUUUUGCUCAAACACCCCGUGUGGUCCGAAUUCAAAGAUCAGCGCCACGAUCUUUUCAUCGCCGACACAACAAUACGUGGCUAUCUGACGGGAGUCAAUCCAACGGCUGGCUACCUAACAGCGGGCCCUGCGCAAAGCGUAGAAGUGCUCACAUCACCGCCGCCCAUCGAUCGCGAUGAUCCUUCUGCCCGUCCACCCAUUGACUAGCGACGUGAUAUCCGCCGGACCAAGGCUAAAACUUAGGCUGGUAUUUAGAUUACGCUGGCAUGGAGCCUUCGAUUGCCACGGAAUCAGUAAACGAACACGAACUUGCACGGGCUGCCCCCAAUUAUUGUAUUAAACUUUCUUUUAUUUUGUACACUCGCAGCCAAUUGUACGUAGCGCGAAGAAGGCUGGAACGGUAAUCGUGAGCCAACAUAUUAUUAAUCUGUAACAAAGUUUCAUUUUUUAUAUUUAUAAAAAACCAACUGUAUAAAUAAUUAGUUGUUAGUUUAUACACCGCGCAUAAACAACCUAACUAGAGCAUGCAUAAAGUGAUUAUACAUAUUAUGGAAUAAAGCCGAUUCAUUACAAAUGAAAAA